UACUAAGUUAGUCAACACUAUAGUUUUGGGGAAGUGGGCGGUGGGAGCUGUUAGUUGGUUGGACUAAAAUUGCUAAUUUCGCAUCGAGAACAACAGAAUGUCUUGCUCGGAGUAUGGACCGCACAGAUACGACGACCUGCCGCUGGAGAUUGUUUUGAAGAUUUUUAGCUAUCUGGGCUACUCGGAUCUGCAAGCGGCAGGAUCCACCUGCCUGAGAUGGCACGCCGCCCUCGAUCAAGCAGAGUUCAACACGCGCACGCGCGUUUGCUUCUCCAAGGUUGUGCUGUCGGAUCUAUUCAGUCCCGGUGCUGAUCUCAUGCGCUGCGAGCGCCGUUUCCAGCACUUCAUGUUGGAGGACGUGACGCUGGGACAAGUUAAGGAGCUGAUGCGCUUCAUGGGAAGGACCGCCCACUCCUUGGCUCUGGACAAUGUGGACCUGAACGACAAGCAGUUCUACGGAAUGCUGGGUGUGCUCCCCCAUCUCCACUCGCUGUCGCUGAAGCGCUGUCUGCCGCUAUUCAUGUCCGGCUCCUUCCUGGACUCGUACAACAACUCCUGCCCCGACCUGAACGACCUUGCCAGAAACUUGGCCGGGAUCAAAGAGCUGACUUUGUGUGAGAACCAGUACCUCACCGACGCCAUCCUCAUGCGUCUGACAUCGUUCAUGCCCAGCCUGGAGACGAUCAACAUGUCCGGCUGCCACAUAGCCUUUCACAACGCCAUCCAUCGCAGAUUUUAUCCGGCCAACAGCUCCUCGGAUCACGUUCUUCCCAGCGAAUCGGUACUGACCUUCAAGUUCAUCCUGACCAUCCUGAACCUUCAGCGUCGCACCUUGCGUGUUUUAAACUUUAGCCACACGCUAAUUGGCCAGGCUUUGUUGGCACUCUGCGACCUUAAUCUCCAGCUUCAGCGUCUCUAUUUGGCCGGAUGCAGGCAGCUAAACUGCACUACAAUCCGGAACUUCUUGGCCACCCAGCCCCAUUUGACAGUUUUAGAUUUGUCGGCGACGAUGUGUGUAAACGACGAGAAUCUGGCAGCUCUGGUGCAAAGUAACCCGCAACUGGAACAUUUAAAAGUAAACGGGUGCCUUAGCAUCACAAACGCUGGCGCCGUUCACUUGGCCAAACUUAAACGUCUGAAAAUCCUAGACAUAUCAAACUGCGACAGCCUUACAAGCAGCGGCAUAAUCGAGGGCGUGGCUAGCGAGGAGAACCAAGUGAUGCAGGAGCUAAACGUGUCCUAUUUGCAAAUCUGCGAGGAGUGCAUCAAGGCCAUUGCCAGUAAUUUGCGCUGCCUGCGAUCCCUGCACCUGAAUCACUGUGUUAACGGAGCCACCGAUGAUGCUAUACAGUCGGUAAUCGGCCAGCUGCGUUGGCUGCGCGAACUCUCCCUGGAGCAUUGUAGUGGGCUAACAGAUGCAGCCCUUACUGGCAUAAACAUAUCCAAGCUGGAGCUCAGUCGCAAGCAGUCGGGCUCUCAGGUGUCCUCAAUGGACAACUUCUACCCGCCGUAUAGCAACACACUGGCGGAACGUGAUAGCCUAGCGGGAUCCCUGCAGUCCAUUAAAAUAUCGCUUAGGAGCAAAGCUGAGGAUGAAAUUGUGCGGGACGCCAGGCGGAAGCAGGCUAUGUUGGCCGCCUAUGAAAUGAACCUGAUACGCGAGGAUGACUUCGAGGGUCACAACAUUCAGCAGUUGCGAGGACUGCGGUCAUUAAACCUGCGAGGUUGCAACAAGAUCAGCGAUGUAUCCCUAAAGUACGGCCUCAAGCAUGUUGAGCUAAGGAGGUUGAUGCUCUCCAACUGUCAGCAAAUCUCGUUGCUUGGCAUGGAAGCAAUGGCCAGCAGUUGUCCAUCCAUUGAGGAACUCGAUCUAUCCGACUGCUACAAUAUAACGGACAAGACAAUCCAGGUGGUUACUGCCAAGUUGCCGCGCCUGAAGGCUUUGCACAUAAGUGGUUGCAGCCAGUUGACGGAGCACACGCUGGACGCCAUCAUCACCAAUUGCAACUGUUUGCAGACGCUGUCGAUAUACCGCUGUCGGAGCAUGUACACGGACUUGGAGGAACGGCUGUCCGGCGUAAAGACGUUGCGAAACCUUAACAUGGACAAUCUCACAAGUAUCGACAACGCCGAGUUUUUCCGACUUAAGAAGCGACUCGAUUACUGAUAUUUCGCCGCAAUUUUUAUUGUCCUGAUGUUGUACUACUUUCAGCUGUACAACUUCCGCUAGUCAAUCGCACCAGCCGCCAGAGACGCGCACAAAUAUUUAUUUUUAUCAAAAGACCCCCCGCAGCUGGGCUAUAGUUGUGAAAGCUUCAGUCAUAUACAUACAUACAUAUAUAAAGCAAAUGUAGAUGUUUUUGCGUAUUCACCCAAAAUUACACUAACUGCAUACAUUUAGGUUAGGAAAAUUACAAGACUCGACUGUAAUUAUAUUAAAUUUCAUACGUAAUGUUUGUCCACAUUCAACUGUGAUUUUUAGUAAGGUACGACUUGUAUGAAAAGAAAACACGAUUGCAAAUUAUGUGAUCAGUUGUCUUAAUCUGAAUUGUUUUUGUUGUUGUUGAAUGUUAAAUCUGCGUUAGUUCCAUAAUAGUUGAAAAAUUUGUUGAUUCGGUUUAAGCUAAGUAAGAAGAAAUUUAUUAUUGUCAUUGUAAGUUAACACAUUUCAAAUGAUUCAUACUCCUUGGUAGACUUAAACGAUAAAAUCGUUGUUAAAAUAAACGGAUUUGCAUUGAAAAUUUUGUAAAUAAAAACACAAAUAAGUAAUGUUAUAGCAACAAUACACUAAAGCAAUUAAAUAAUUAAAUGAA